AUGAUACCCAAGGCUCCCCCGAAGGUGGACCCGACUGCUCAGAUCUGGAUUAGCGAGAAUAGUCUCUUCAUCUCUAUUGUCUUUAUGAUGGUUUUUGGCUCUAUUAUCCUAGUUCCUACAGCAUACAUUCGGUGGAGAUAUAAACGACUUAUGGAACCCGAGGUUAUCUUUAUCGUGCUUGGGUACUUGUUUUUCCUCGCACACGGACUUGUUAUGCUGAGCCUUCAACCCCUUGUCUACCGUUUGAGCUAUGUAGCUCUAGGCCAGAAACCUUACUACCCGGAGAUUGAUAUAGAGAGACAUCAGGUGGUCAACUUCGCUCAUGUCUCAACCUACCUCUUGCAUGCCACUCUCUGGUGUAUAAAAUUCUCUCUGUUUCUCCUCUUCCGCCAGUUUAUAAGGGCGCUGCCUGAGCAGCUACGUUGGUGGAAUAUGGUUUUGGCCUACCUGAUUAUCACUUUUAUCUUUGGCUUUUGCGCAACUUUCUCGUCCUGUGGAGGCCCGAGGCAUCUUAUGCAUAUUCAUUAUUGCCAGGGCCCUGCUAACAGUCGCUCUCGAAAUGUGAGUUUGUUUGGCUGGUUCGUGGCAGACAUCACAACCGAUUUGCUCAUCAUGCUCUUCCCGUUAAGGCUUGUCUUCAAGAUGCGUAUCUCCCGGGCCCAAAAAAUUAGGGCGGGCGCUCUGUGUUCCGUUGGCAUACUUUGUAUGAUUACUGCUAUACUACGUCUUGUUCAGAUUGGCUCUAAGACCGGAUCCACUAAUCCAAACGUCCAAUGGCUCGCUCUCUGGGGUACGCUAGAAGCCACGACUGGUAUCGUUGUUGGAUGCCUUCCAACCUACCGCUUCCUUUUCAAGCCAUCCGCUGGAAGGACAUCCGACGUUUCGCUGGGGGUACCCGAUGGCUCGAACGUGGAAUCGAGCUUGGAGAUACCAUCCGAAUCAAGCGCGAAGGAGAGUUCCAAAUCGACAAUCCAUUUGAACGCAUUUAAUCCCCGACGAAGCAGUCGGAAUUUCAAACGUGGUAAUAAGAUUACCUCGUCGAUGGAAAAUCUGACUCCACCAAGCAAGGCCGCAGGUCCGCCAGUCGCUUCCACAUGGGAGGAUCAUCCAGCGCCUUCCAGCGCUGUUUAA